UCAAGGUCAGCGAGUGGGCGGCGAGAUGAAGGCGUGGCGCGGGGAAGAAUUAGCUGAUCAACGGAUCGAUCAGCUGUUGUGGAGUUUGAAGUACAUAUACACGGAGAGAAAUGCUUUUGACUUUGAAUUUUGAGUUUCGGUCAGCAUUUCCAGUAAAGUCGGCUGCAGCAAUCAAAACAACACCAUCCAGGAUUUGCUGUGGGUGCAAAAUAUAUAAAAAAGAAAACAACAGCCAUUUGACAUAAUGUUUAAACAAAUGGCCAGCAAAUCAACCUGAUGUAAUUUAAUAAGAUAAACACUUUUAUUUUCUGGUGGUUUAUUUACCUGGGUAUGAUUUCUGUUUUUAUGAUGAAACAUAUUUGCAAAGAAUUAAUUAAUUGCAUAGAAUUAACAUGUUUGAAGUGGAAGUUAAAGUAAAAUGAAUAAACUAAUUCAAGCGAUUAGAAAUUUAUUAGAAGACAAAACACAUACACUGACUGUUAAUUGUAAAACAAUUUCAUUUACUAACCCUUUAUUUUAAAGUUGAAUACAACAUGAAUUGUUUUUUUUAUUAACCUAAACGUAAAAACCUAUUCAAAAUGAACUACAUACAAUAUAUGUGCAUCGUAAACGUAAUAAACAAACAAAAAUAUAUAUGAAUAAACCUACUAUAUACAACUAUAUAUACUAUAUACAUAUUAAUUAUAACAUAUAACGAUUUAAAGGUAAAAUAAAUUUAAAUAUUGUAUUAAACAAAGUGUUGCACUUUCAAGCUAAAGCAGAGACGAAAAUAAGAGAAUUUAAAAUUAAGUGUAAAUGUUUGGCAGCACACACAACACACACACCACACGUGACUACACUUUAGAAAAAAACGUUGCAGCAAAAGUCCAAUUGCAACAGAGGUGAACGAACUCGACAUGUCCAGACAUCCGGCGAAAUCACAUUGGAGCACCAGAGAAGCAGAAAAAUAACCAAAAUCAGAUUAUUUCCUUAUGUUUUUCGUUCCCAUUUGAUGUCAUUUUGUGUAUAUGGCUUUUGUUCCUUCAUUAUUGUUGGGGUUUCUUAUUGGCCAAUUAAUGACGGAAUGACAAAAUCGCGAUUGAUUGAUUGUUAUCGAGAAUUGUGUAUCGGUAUGAUUUGUUUUCGAAAGCUUAUCGAUCGUUUCCGUUGCCUUUUUAUUGUUGCAUUUGUUUUUAUCAGAUUGGUUUCGGCUUUUCGACGUUUCGAGUGAGGAGACAUCAUAGGAACCACGAAUGAAUCAAUAAUGUAAGGGGUUUAUUAUUUAACAUACUGAUAAGCUAACAUACGAAUGAUGCGCCAAAAUGCAAACCAAAAUCACUGACAAAGAGAAUGCGUUUUUGUAUACAUUGUAUAGCUCUACAUACGUAUAUGCAUAAAAUAUAUAGCUCUAGGAGAAGAGAGAAAUGAACUAGAUACUUAUCAAUACUUUCGAUCUAUAAUUCUUACGAUUAAGUUUUCUCGAACUUGUUUACGAAUCGGAAAUGUCGACUGGUACCCAUAGCUAAGAUAAGAGAACAUCUAUUGAACAAACACACCAAAACUCGGUACACUCAGAUCCUUUUCUAACUACGCUAAACGGCUAGAAUUUUAAAUGUGUUUUGUCCCAUAUACCCCCGAGACCUCCCUGGCUUUUCCAAUCCCUCGAAAUGAGAGUUGUUUUUAUGUAAUGAAGUACUCUUAGCGAUUAAAGACUAGAAUGAUUUGAAAUAAGAUGAGAUUUAACAGAUAUCUAAGCUAAAUUCCUAAGACAAAACGAUUCCACCUAAGACACCUUUUUGUAACGACUAAAUUUAUAUAGGACAAGACAAGGAUUUAAAAGAACAACCAAAUAAAUAAAAGAUAAUGAAAUCAAUAAGAUUAAAGAUCAACAGGCAUGUAUACAUAUGUAUGUGGGUGGCAUGUUUUGUAUCUGUAUUUCAAUUUGAUUAUUUUUUAUGGUUUCCGUUCUUAUAAACAUACAUAAAUAUUAGUAACAGUUUCCCGAUCAUUGUGUAGGAUGAAAUACGUACUCGGUUAAGAGAAGUCGAAGUUAAAUGAUGAUAAUUGUUAAUGCCUGCAAGUUAAGAGACAAAUUAUGUAUUACUUAGUUAAACGACAGCACACUGAUCCCCUUUAAAGCCCGACUUUCGUUCGUUCUUAAGCAAAAAUUCGAAACGAGGUAUGUAUGUAUAUGGUAAUUUUAAAAUGUAACAAACGCAGAGAAUAGUGAACAAAAACUAAUUUGUAUGUAGUUAAUAAUGAUAAUAAUAAAAUACAAAAUAGACAAAAAUACGGAAAAACACAGAAAAAAAGAGGAAAACUAAGCAAAAUAACCAAAAUAAAGCAAAACGCAAAAAAACAAAAUUGAGACUGUAAACGAAAGGCAACAUAAUGGAGCAGUUUAAGGCGAGACGAUGUUGAACAGAAAAAAGGCUAAAACACGAAACUAUACAACUCGUAACUCGAAUAAAUCACUGAUGAAUAGGCUACCAACAUAAGUUCGUAUAAGGUUUUUGUUCACACGAAAAAUUGUACUCAAAUUGCAUUUUAUUUUCGGUUUUGUCUUAGCCAAUUCUGUACAUUAUGGAUAGUAGAUUUCUUUUUCCCCAGUUUUGUUUUUAAUAAAACUCAAGUAAACUACUUAAUAUAAAAUACCGAGUCAACAAAUUAGACCGCAGGCUGCAUGGUACAUAAGAAAAAAAACGAAACCGAAUCUAGAUGAUGAAGAUUUAAGCGUUUGUUAGCCAAAAAGAUAACUUUCGAUGAAUUUGAAUUUUUUACCAACAGAAACUAAGGAAACUGGAAUCUUAAACUGAUAAUGAAACAGUUAGUUGUACGCACGUGCGACUGACCCAGAGACACAUAGAAACCUCCUAAAAAAAAACUGCAUAUACAUAUAUAGGACUUACUUGUAAACCAGAUUGUAACGAUUUUAGGCAUAUAAGUGUUGCGACUUGGGUCUGUAAACGGGGAAACGGAAACGGAAACUUGAAGGGAAACUGGAGAGGAAGCUACGUUCUGUCACUUUCCAAGCUUUCAUUUUGAAAUAAUUUCAUAGACUUUUCUAAACGUACUUUUAGAUCGAGAUGGUGAGGGAGUAAAUAGGAGUUUAACAUUAGCAUUUGAUGGCAGCUGGGGGCGAAUGUGGUACAGUGCUUAAGAAUUAAAACAUUGACGUCAGGAUUUAACUUAACUUAACUUACAUACAUAGAUACAAGGACAUCAACAAAGGAAAAUAUUGAGAGUAACAAGGAGAACUUGAAAAUGAAAUACAUAUAGCGUUGCAAGAUUUUAGUUUACGGUAAACUUAAAGAAAUUUUUUACAAUGUAUUUAUACAGACCUAAAUUUAAAUUUUAAAUUAAUUCUUUAAUGUAAUACGAACACAGUGCCUAAGUAAUAUCAAAACAAAAAUCGAAAAAAUAAAAAGGAAAUAAGGAUUUAAACAUACAAAACGAGAAUAAGAGCCGCAAGUAAGGACAUUGUUACUAAUAAUGCUAAAAACCUAAUCGAACAACUUUUAAAACAACCGAAAAGCAUUCGAGCGACAAAAAUUCAAGCCAAUAAACGAACAUUUGCAUACAAAAAUUUAUAGUUAUACAUGUGUGCAAAAGAAAAGAAACAGGAAACACAUACAUACAUACACACUAACUAUGAGAAGAAGAACAAGAGCAGGAAACGGAAGCUGAAAACUGAUCAGAAGUUAAUCUCCCAAAAAAGAAAUUCGCAUAAAUGUAUAAAUGUAACACAAACGAACAUGAAACGCAAGAGCGCUAAGUAAUAAUUACUACACAAAUAAAUAAUGCAACGUACCCCCUACAUACGUCUCGUAUCUCGCACUGGAUUUACGUACAACCCACAUAUAUCCUCCCAUUUCCCCCCCUAUAACCUUAAAGGGCUAUUCAAUCAAUAGAUUUCGUUUAUUUGAACAUGCCACGUACUCAAAAUGACAUCAAAUUGAAACUUGUAACAACUCUUUGUUUGCAUAUUGGAUUGGUCUGUUAGAAAAACCCUAAACAAAUGUUUGAAACCAAAUUGUUUUACGUUAAAUUCAUUUGAGAAAACAAAUACAAAAGGAUUAAGCAACAAUAAGUAAAUUACAACAAAUUAAUUAUACAUUUUGAAAUUAUAUUUAACGAACAAAAUUAAUGUAGUGUGUAAAAAAAAAAAACAAAGAAAACAUGAAAGUAAAAGCAAGUUUUAAGCAAAACAAAAUACUUUGAAUAUAUACAUAAAUUGCAAGUAAAUAGAAUAAAUGUCACUCACUCUUUUUAUUUAAGUCUUGUACUGAUCGAACAUUCCUGGGAUUUAAACGUCGAUUCGGAAUCGGAAUGGCAGCUAAAUUUGAAUUUCAGUACGGAAAUAAAUAGUUUAUUUCUGGGAAAAGAAAUAUUUCAAUGUUGGAAGUCGUGAUUCUUUUCCUUCUGAGUUCCGUGACAUUUUUCUUUGCCCAUUUGGAGAGACCAACCACUUUUUGGGGAAAUUUCUAUACAACAUGUCCAGUUCUAAUGGGUCUACUAUCCGCUGGAUUGGUUUACAUAAACAAAUAGAUAAAGGCUGCUCCUCUUGAGUAAUAAGAAACCACACGUUCCGCUGAAUUAUUUGAAAAAGAUGACUUUAUUUCGGC